AUGACUUUUCCAGAGGCCCCGGAAGGAUGCCAGACCAACAAUCAUUCGACAUUGCCCGUUAAACCCGAGAAAGUUGGCCCACCUAGAUUGGAUCCAUACCAAAGACUCAUUGCUAGAUUAUAUGAGCCACUUUUUUUGUUAAGAGUGCUUGGGCAGACGCGUAAAAGACACACACCUGGCCCUACGGACAGCACCGAAGAGGAAUCAUGCCGUCGCAGAUUUUUUAGGAAUCUUUCGUACAUUUGCGACUUCGACAAAGGUGGCUCCUCUUGUACGGCCAUCGGUGUUGAAGAUGCCGAGAAUUGCUACAACUUCUGGGUUGCAUCCAAUACUGUAACCGGCAAUAUAGCUUGUUUCCUCGAAACUACACUGAACUGCUUGAACAAUGUGGCCAAUAUCCCAUUACAGACACGCCACGCCCACGAAGAGGCAAUUUUGCAGCGCUGCGUCACAUUCGCAGGGCGACGUAUCAGGAAAGAUGUGAAGUGCUUACAGAGAGCAGCGCAAAGUUGUAAAGACAAGCUGCACAAACGUAACAAAAUCAUGGAUCGAGAGUUUGGCUCGUGGCUUCAGACUGUUACUCACGAAGACGACUCUCUCGCAUGUUGUCUUUCCGCUCACGAUGCAGCGAAAUCUCAGUUUAUGGCUACGUUGACGCUGGAAGCACAAUCAGAAGAUCGACAGAGAGGACCGCUUGAUGGGCGUGGGCCCUUCGCUACUGCCAGGCAUUACAUUGGAAGACUGGGAUAUCGCAUCACUGCUCACAAGCAACUCAUCCAAGACGCCUGCAGCCUUGGCUAUUUACUUGGGACAUUUAAUGUCCGCCUUGUCAGCCCGGUUCGCAGCGUCUCACAGCCUCAGCCAGACUCCCACACAUCGUUGAACGGGAUUCUUAGUCGGAUGUUGAAAAAAGGAGAUCCGGAAAGAUCGGAAAUAGAGCGCUCACUCCACAACAUAAAUCGUCAAUCUGAUAUCUUUCGAGGCUUCAUGGAAGAAUUUUCAAAUUGCAAGCCCACGGUUCAUGCUGAGAUUCAAGUCCUAGAACACUUCUUUAACAACAAGUUGAGCUUCGUCGCAAAUGAUAAGUACAUUGCCUGCAGCAAAGCCGCUUGUUUUUGCUGCAAGCUGUACUUUCAACACCACCCUGCUCGAAUGGUAAUUCCUGAAUCUCAUGAAAAAGUGUGGACAAGUUGGGGUCCUCCUGCUGUGACCUUUUUCCGGAAACAGAACGACGAGUCGGACCGCCAGCGAGAUAUUUUGAACAAGAUAAUUGAAUCCUUACGAACUGAUGCGAUUUACCAAAUCUUGAAAUGUUCUCAACCUCCUGUUUGGCAUCCAGACUCGCAGACCGCGAUGUCGGACAUCAUCACUUCUUGUAAGGGCCCCCUUUACCCUCAGAGGCGGUUGCUGACGAACGAAACUUUGCACACCAGUUCCAAGAGACAGCGACUCAUCGGAAGCAGAAUUGGCAAUCACCCGAGAUUCUAUCGCACCUCUCUCAUCGACGCCGUCGAAUACCAAGAGGAGUACUAG